CGAAAGUGCUGCGUUUUGGGCAAUCUUGUUACAGCGCCAGUUGUGGAGAAAUUUUGGCAAAGAGAGUGCGAGAUGUCUCUGGUAGAUUAUGCCUCCUCCUCAGACGACGACGUUUCAGACUCUGAACAUGAACCACCACAACAACGCCAUGAACCACCACCAGCUCCACCACCACGGCGUCCCCCUUCCCCGCCUAAAACCUUGGAAUCUGGAUCGUCGGCAGUUCAAAAGCCAGAAACCCUAGAGAAACUCCCGGAUGCUUCGAUGCUUUUGAACUCUCCGACUGUACCAUUAACGAGCGGAAACGACCACGCAUCUGUGGUAGCGGCGGCGAUGGCGGACAAUUUGUCACGAAAACGUGACUCGAAGGGGAUGAUGGGAUCAGGCUCCAGCAAUAGCACGCCGCCGCUACGGAGGGCCAAACUUCCGAGAGCUACCUUACCUCAUUCCAAGAGUGUUCCUGAUACUGGAGGUGGCUCCCUUGUUCCUCCUCAACUCAGAGGAAGGAGUAAUGUGGUCACUGAAGAUAUCAGUAAGCUAUUCAUCAACAGACAUGUCGCCACACAGCCCAAAGGACCUGAAAAUUAGUAAUAGUUUAUUUCCUCCUCGAGGUAUUGCUUUUUAUAGUAGCUGAAAACAGAUUGAUAUAUCGAGGAUUUUGAUCUUGUAUUAAUAUAAAGAGUCUUUUUGCUCA